GAAAUGCAUGUGAUGAUUACGGUGCGUUUCAGUAAAUGAUAUCUCUCUCAAAUAGCCUUUCUUUCGUAUUGUGAACAUCACUCUUUUCCUAUAUGGUACCAAGACUGGAAGAUGAGCACUUCCUCGGUCGCGGAGUCUAUUUCUGCAAGCUCUUUUGCUAACCUUUCUUCGGCCUUUCUCACAUCGGCCAUAAAGUUCUGUUAAUGGUGUGAAAAUGGAAGGAGACAUCAACCAGGAACUUCUUAGCAAAUCAGCAGAAGCAGAAGUAACUGUUGCAGAUCACGAAGUGUCGUUAAAGAAAAAGGUUUGGAGCGAGACAAAGAAGCUGUGGGUUGUGGCGGGGCCUGCUAUAGUGACCAGAUUCACCACGUUUGGGAUCAAUGUCAUCAGUCAAGCCUUUAUUGGUCACAUUGGUGCUGCAGAACUAGCUGCCUACUCUUUCGUAUAUACCGUGCUUUUGAGGUUUUCAAGCGGCGUCCUGAUGAAAUACUUGAAAUGGAUUUUUUCAAUACAUGGACAAAAGUACUGUGAGAUGGAAGCUGCGGAGAGAAACAGAAACGAAAACACAAAAGCAAGAAUCACUCAACUGAUCUUGGGCAUGGCAAGUGCACUGGAAACUCUCUGUGGACAAGCAUACGGUGCGAAACAGUAUAACAUGCUUGGAGUAUAUCUUCAAAGAUCGUGGAUAGUCUUGUUCUUCACUUCAAUCUUUCUUCUUCCUCUACUAAUCUUCACAACCCCAAUUCUUAAGAUUUUAGGCCAAGAAGAGAAUAUAGCAGAUAUUGGAGGGGACGUUGGUCACUGGUUCAUUGCCGUGCUAUUUUCCUUGAUUCCAAGUUUUACAUGCCAAAUGUUCCUACAAGCACAGAGCAAAAACGUGAUCAUAACUUACUUGGCAGCAUUUUCAAUUGCAAUCCACCUCCUCCUCUCAUGGCUUUUAACUGUGAAGUAUAAGUUUGGGAUUCCUGGUGCAAUGUUCUCCACUGUGUUGGCAUAUUGGAUUCCAAAUAUUGGUCAGCUUGCAUUUGUUAUGUGUGGAGGAUGUCGGCAAACAUGGAAAGGUUUCUCAUCACUAGCUUUCAAGGAGCUUUGGCCUGUUAUCAAGCUUUCUGUGUCAUCUGGUGUUAUGCUCUGUCUCGAGAUCUGCUACAAUACAGGGUUGCUUAUUCUAGCAGGAUUCAUGAAAAAUGCUGAGGUCUCCAUUGAUGCUCUAUCUAUAUGCCUUAACAUCAAUGGAUUAGAAAUGAUGAUAUCUCUGGGAUUCUUGGCUGCAGCAAGUGUUCGCGUAUCAAACGAAUUGGGAAGAGGGGAUUCAAAAGCGGCAAAGUUCUCAAUCAUGAAUACAGUGCUGACUUCAUUUGUCAUUGGAUUUGCCCUUUUUCUAGUUUUCCUAUUUGUGAGAGGACGUAUUGCUUACAUAUUUACCGACAGUCAGGAGGUGGUUGAAGCGGUUGCAAGCUUGUCACCCUUGUUGGCUGUAUCGAUACUAUUGAACAGUAUUCAACCUGUGCUCUCUGGAGUUGCUGUUGGAGCUGGGUGGCAGAGCACAGUAGCAUAUGUUAACAUAGCCUGCUAUUAUCUUGUGGGAAUUCCCGUUGGUGCUGUUCUUGGAUAUCUUUUUAAUAUGGGAAUCAAGGGUGUUUGGGUUGGAAUGUUGUUUGGAACAUUUGUUCAGACUGUGGUACUAGUUGUUAUCACUUAUAGAACUGACUGGGACGAACAGGUAAUUUUGGCACAUAAACGCGUUAAAAGGUGGGGAGCAGAAGAUGGUAAAGAAGGAAAACGUGCUGCAUCAGAUGUCUGAUUUUAGCUUUCCCAUUCAUCUUACAUCUAUAAAAAUCUCAAACAAAUUAUUGAAAUCUGAAGUUAUUUUCUUUCUCAGACACCUUUUGUUGUCGAUUGUUGAGACUGAAUUAUGCUUUUGUGAAGUUGUAAGUUGAUGUAUUGAAAGAACUAAUUUUAAUUUCUCUGCAAUGUAUAUUAUGAUGCCCCUAACCCUCCGCUUGGGAUUUAACGGA